GAUAAAUUCCGACCUAAGCUUCAUGCCAUUUCAAGACCAGCGACGGCAUUAUCGCGAGUACAGCCUGGCUCCAUUCAGCUUCUUUAUGUAAUUAAACAUCCUUAUUUACGUAAGCUUGGUAAUCCUUUCGUCAUUCUUAAGUCUGCGCGUGAGUUUCUGACUUGCCAGAAAAAACAUUGAGAUAUUCUACAAUGAUGUUAGCGACUGUUCACGCUGGAGUCUUUUGCUUGCUGUCGUGUCUGACCGUGAGUUGUCUAUCUGGUGCCGUGCCUCGUCAAGCUGCGGAGAUGUGGUGCGAUUACGGAGGACAUCGGGCAAGGGUAAGUAAUAAGGGUAAGGGCAAUUGUCAUUAGUAGUGUACGAUAAAUGAAUACUAACUACUCAAUUUGGCGGGGGAGAUGAAAAACUCGUAUUACAUUUAUUGGUGUUUUAAAAUAAUUGUGACGAAAAUUCCCAAGCUCUGAGUGCAGAGAGCUGGAGACAGACUAUCCAAAAAUCUAAUCCUAAAAUAGUAAACACGAGGGUCACACGAAGAACUGAGAAAUUGAGGCUUGCUUUCGACAGUUUUAAAAACUCGAAACUUUGACAGUGAACAUAAAAUUGAUUGCUUAACUCGCUUCAAAUUUUAUAUGAAAAAAACAACAAAAACCAUCCUUCUACUCCACUGUGGUUUUGUUUUUCCGUCUCAUGCGAAGAUGACCAAUGCUGUAUUUAACGAUGACCACGCAGGUGGCUGGCCAUUCAGUAUUUCUUUCUGGAAAGCUUUCCCUCAAGUAGGGCACACGUGGCAUUUGGUCCUGGUUGGAUUGGAGUUGACUUUGCUUUUCCCUGCUCUGCUGGAGUUGACUUUGCUUUUCCCUGCUCUGCUGGAGUUGACUUUGCUUUUCCCUGCUCUGCUGGAGUUGACUUUGCUUUUCCCUGCUCUGCUGGAGUUGACUUUGCUUUUCCCUGCUCUGCUGGAGUUGACUUUGCUUUUCCCUGCUCUGCUGGAGUUGACUUUGCUUUUCCCUGCUCUGCUGGAGUUGACUUUGCUUUUCCCUGCUCUGCUUGAGUUGACUUUGCUUUUCCCUGCUCUGCUGGAGUUGACUUUGCUUUUCCCUGCUCUGCUGGAGUUGACUUUGCUUUUCCCUGCUCUGCGCUUUCUUUGGGCGUGAGCCGUGCGUUUACACUGUGAGGAUUGUUCUCCAACAUUGAGUCUACCUUUCCAGGCCCGUUCUUAGGCAUACGCUGACUACACAUCUGUGUAGGACCCCGAACGUGAGGGGGGCCCCCGUGAGGCGCCCUCGAUCCACCGGUUUUUUUAACUGGCCCCGAACGUUUUUAAAACUUGCACUGCAGCCGUCUGUGUCACUCACGUUACCUUCCUCAUCCUGAAAUGUAUCAUUCUGAGUUGAAUUCGGGGGCAGGGGAAGGGAAGCAGCAGGGGGGAGCUUUGGGGGUGGCAGACAGGAAAUCGGGGGCUUGGCCGUGGGAAUGGGAAAGAGGAAACAUUAAUGAAGGCAGAAUGGAGGUGCCGCAGUGGUGGGUGGUGUUUUCUCCUCAGCUUGAGAGAGCUCCACCCCCGGACCCCCCCCUCCCAACCUACGCUCCAUGCUUACGGCCCCCAAACUCCUAAGAACGGCUCUGACCUUGCCAGUGCUGGUACAACCUAUAUCAAUUCUUUCCCACGAAUUAAGGUCGAUGCCCAUGGAUUUGAGUGAACAUUUAGACAGUCCUUAUAGCGUUUUUUUUUCUGCACACCAGCUGAGCGUUUCCCUCUGGGGAGUUCGUGAAGUUGUUUAAGUAAAUCUGCUUAGCAUUCUCUCCGCAACAUGUGUUUUUUAGACACAUAAUUACAUUUACUAAUAUGCACGGGGGGGGGGGGUGAAUUUUUAUUUGCAUCGUUAAAAAUCAAAUUAAUUAUAUAAUAAGAAAUCACGCGUCAAUACCAGGGAAUUUCCCAACUUCCCAUUAAUGUGAAUGAAUCAACAUAGUAAAAAUUACUUUAGUUAUCAACACCUUUCAUAUAUCUUGCCAGCCAGCGCCCUCAUCCUUAAGGCUUAGAUAACUCCACACUUAAUGGGACGGAACUCUGAGAAACAGUACACUAAACAAACUACAGUUACAGCUGCUGACCCUUUCCAUCUUUCAAGGCAUUUAAUUGGAGUUUAAUUAUAUUAACAUCAUACUCCCCCCCCCCACAGGCUGGGGAAUCGUUCCAGUUGGGUCCAUGUGAACCUUGCUGGUGUGACUACAGCGGUCAAGUUUCGUGUGCCAGCAUCUUGUGUGCUCAGCCCAACUGUGUUGACGCUGUGAGAGAUCCGAGCCAGUGUUGUAGUGUUUGCCCAAACGGUGAGUUGGUAGAUGAGGGUGGCAAUCAUUUUUGAAAAAAAAAAUCUUCAUUUUUAUUGCUACAUUUGUGGUUUAGAUUGAGAGCUCUUCUGUCUUUCAGGCGUUUGCUUAAACGAAUUGUCAACAUCUGGGUAUUUUGACUCAAUGGCCUUUCUAUAAUUUAGAACGCUAAAAUAUGAGAUUACCAAUGUGACAGCCAGUCUUUGCAGCUGAUGUAUAGUUAUAAGCCACAACCAUGGGCGCCCGCAGAAAACUUUUUAGGGGGUGGGGGGGGGCAAAAAAAUCAAUUAACUUUCCAGGGGGUGGGGGGGCACAAUUUUUUUAGCAAUGUUUUAAUGUAGUUUUAAUUUACUGUAGCGUAUUUGUAUGGUGAACGAACGGACAGGACAUCAGCUUAGUUACUUUCUCUUUAUUUUCUCUUUACUUUAAUACAUUUUGUGUCUAUUUUUGUCUAAUUUUUUUUUAUCCAAUCAAUCCAGGUGGGGGGCAAGUGCCCCACCUUGCCCCUACAUGCGGGCGCCCAUGGCCACAACGUUAAAAACAGUAAAGAAAACUACAUGUGCCCACAUUCACAUAAAAUUUGAUUACAUUCACAUCAAAGUUGAAUACAUUCACAUAGAUGUUGAAUACAUUCACAUAAAAGUUGAAUACAUUCACAGGUCCUAACUGUGCCCUACCAGGAGGUGGCAUUCUUGGAAAUGGUCAAACUGUGACGUUGACAGAUGGUAGUUGGUGUAGCUGUAGAGCCAGAUCAUAUAAUGGUGUCACACUGGCUACCUGCACUCGCAGACGACGUAAUCGCACGUAGAGGCACAUUGUGAACUAACUUCAAAAGAACUAUUAUAUAUAAAAAAACAACAUUUCUUUGAAUAUUUUGUGUUUGUUGAAUGCUCUCGAAAAUAUCAUGCAAUAAAUAUUGUGCUAACU